UGUUACUUCCCUUCAUCUUUGAUCUUUUUCUUUCAUCUCUAUAGGUAGGUAUCUCGAAUGCAUUUCUUGUUCUCAUUCUCAUAGUACGUGCAGCAGCAAAUGGUGGAAUAGAAGGCAAGAGUGACUAGCUUCUCAUCUGCUUGUCUUCAUUUUGCACAAAAACUGCGUCCGUCUGAUUGAUCAUUUUUCAACCGCUCAACGCGCUGGCCAGCAUCCUAGUUCUGCCCCCGGACGCCGUCCAAUGGCGGAUGCGAAGGACAUCCUGGGGCUGCGGCAAGAUGGGCUGCCCAAAGGCAAGGCCAAAGUCAGCAAGGAGCCGGCGCAGCGCAAACCAGACGGGGUCAGCCGCGAGGUGUAUGCCCUGACGGGGGGCUUGCCGCACGCCAUCAUGCCUGCGGUGGAGGUGGGCAAGGGCAAGAAGAAGGCGGGCAAGGCGGUGCGCUGGGGCUGGCUGCCCUUCACGCCCGCCGCCAGGAAGGACGCCCUACAGCUGCACCACUGGGUCCCGCUGACGCCCGGCGCCCCAGCGGCCCCGUACCAGUUUGACAAGUUCAGACGCGCGCUGGAGGUGCCCGAGUACAGCGACGAGGAGUACGCGCGGUGCCUGCAGGACCCGCGCUGGAGCCGCGAGGAGACGGACCAGCUGCUCACGCUGGCGCGCCAGUACGACCUGCGCUUCAUCAUCAUGGCGGACCGCUGGGGGCUGGACCGCCCGCGCAGCGUGGAGGAGAUGAAGGAGCGCUACUACGGCGUGGCGCGGCAACUGCUGCUGGCGCGCGCGCACGACGAGGAUGACGUGGCGGACCACCCGCUGGUCAAGGAGCCGUUCAACGUGGUGCACGAGGUGACCCGCAAGAAGGCGCUCACUCUGCUGCUGAGCCAGUCCAAGGAGCAGGAGCAGGAAGAGCACGAGGUCAUGGCCGAGGCCCGCCGGAUAGCGGAGGCUCGCAAGGCGGCUGCGGCCCUGCUGCGCAAGCCGUCUGGGCCAGAGGCCACCCCCGCAGGCACGCCCAAGGCGCUCCUCAAGGCGGCCACCGCGGUGCAGCCCCCCACAGCCACCGGAGCCGCUCCCAGCACGGGCAAGGCCCCGCCGCGAAUGUACGUCCGGGGCGUGCGCCUCGCCGCAGCUGCCGCGCAGGCCGCGCAAGGGCCGCAGGGCAGCAGGACCGCCAAGCGCCUCGAGAAGACGCUGGAGGAGCUCGGGCUGGCGCCUGCCCCGCGGGUGCCGACGCGCGCGGUGUGCCUGGAGUACGAGCGGCUGCGCAAGGCGAUUGCGGUGCUGUACAUGCUGCAGAAGAAGGUGCAGCAGAAGGAGGCCGAGGCGGCCGCGCUGCGCGACAACCCGGGCACCGACGUGCGCCUCGCAGACGGAAAGUGGGUACAGCGGUCGGUGUCCACGCGCGGUACUCCGACGGGUGCGGGUGUUAAGCGGAAAGGGCCUCACAAGUCCGGCGAAGAACCAUCACCCACGUUGCAACCGCAACAUAAACGAGCACGGAAGGUCAAGACGCACGACGACUGAGCUGUGGAUGCACUCUCAGGUUGCAAUGAAGUCCCCCUCCAGUUGUUCUGACGGAUUAAGCGCCCGCAGUGUUGGACUCCAAGGAUUUGCGUAGUGGCUGAACCCUCUGUCCUGUCGGAGCGAUGCAGAAUAGGUCCCUCCGAGCUUCAACUGAUGACUCGACACGCUUCUUGGGACCAUGAUCGGUGUGAAGACAUGGCAUGGCAUGAUGGUCACGUAUGCUUUGACAAG